AUGGCUUUCAUUCUCGUCACUGCUUCUCUCUUCUUUGUAUUUUUAUGGAUAAUUUCUCUUUGCAAAGUGCUGCUUCUUCCCCGCAUCCCUUGGGCCAAACAUUUCAUGCACAACGGCAGAGCAUUUCGGAAGAGAAACGUCUUGUUGGUGAUUGCUCAUCCGGAUGACGAAUCCAUGUUCUUUACACCAACUAUAAAUUUUCUGACUUCGAAGGGGCAUAACGUUCAAAUACUAUGCUUAUCUACUGGUGGUGCAGAAGGCAAAGGAAAUAUCAGAAAACGAGAGCUUUUUCAGGCUUGUGUAGCCCUCAAGGUUCCGAUGCAACAACUGAAGAUUAUCAACCAUCCAGAUCUGCAGGAUGGUUUUGAUAAAGUUUGGAACCAUAGCUUAUUGGCACAGAUUAUUGAGGAACAAAUAACCAGUUGUUCAAUUGAUGUGAUUAUUACCUUUGACAGCUACGGUGUCUCCGGCCAUUGUAAUCAUUGUGAUGUGCACUAUGGAGUAUGCAGCUCUCUUUGCCCUCACGAAUGUGAUAUUUUGUACAGUAUCCGAGAAAUGUCAGAUUAUGGAGUUAACAAGCUACUACAUGAUACUUUACAAAGGGAUAUUGAAGUUUGGGAGCUUGUUAGCACCAAUAUUUUGCGCAAAUAUAGUGGUCCUGUUGAUAUUUGGCUGUCCAUAUUUUUCACCAUGCUGCACUCAAAUGGAACAAUGCAGUGCUUAGUAAAUGAACAUUCUCGCAGGAGCUUUAAGGCAAUGGCCCAACACUCAAGUCAGUGGGUGUGGUUCCGCAAGCUUUUUCUUUCAUUUGUUGCAAUCCUGCUCCUUGCUCUGCAUCUCAACUUUCGUCCGGUUAAUCCUAGUACUUUGUAUGGACUGAACCCUGAGGCUCAAGCAGCCUUUCACUUCCAUGAAAUGAUUGAACGAAAUUACUUCUAA